AUGGGGAAGCGCAGGCUCCCUCAGCCGAGCCUGGUCCUGCUGUCCCUGCUGCUGCCGCCGCCCACAGAUGCCGCCUCAUCACAAAAGCCCAUCUACAUGGUGUUGGUCCCCUCCCUGCUGCACGCAGGCACCCUCGAGAGGGGCUGCCUCCUUUUCAUCCACUUGAACGAGACAGUGACGGUGAAAGUGUCCGUGGAGUCUGUCCAGGGAAACAAAAGCCUCUUCACCGAUCUUGUGGUUGACAAGGAGUUAUUCCACUGUGUUACCUUCCUUGUCCCACAGUCUUCAUCCACUGAGGUGAUGUUUCUCACUGUCCGCGUAAAAGGAGAAACUCACAAAUUCAGGAAACGGAGCACGGUGCUGGUUAAGAGGAAAGAGAGUCUGGUCUUUGCUCAGACUGACAAGCCCAUCUACAAACUGACGCAGACAGUGAAAUUUUGUGUUGUUUCAUUGGAUGAAAAAUUUCGCCCCCUUAAUGAAUUGAUUCCUCUACUGUAUGUUCAGGACCCCAGAGGAAAUCGUAUUGCACAAUGGCAGAGCGUCAAGUUAGAGAGUGGCCUCAGACAGUUGUCCUUCCCCCUCUCCUCAGAGCCUCCUGAGGGCUCCUACAAGUUGGCAAUACGCACAGAAUCGGGCAGGACCAUAGAGCACCCCUUCUCUGUGAAGGGAUUCGUGCUUCCCAAGUUUGAAGUCAAAGUGAAAGUUCCAGAGACAAUCACCAUCCUGGAUGAAGAGAUGCGUGUGUCUGUGUGUGGCAACGUUGGUUACUGCUCAGUCCUGUUGGAGGAUGGGAGAGGCACCCCUAUUCAGUAUGAAAUGAUCUCCAUCAUAGCAAAUGAAGCAAACCAUUACUUAAAUGCUACGACGGAUAAGGAUGGCCUGGUGUCGUUCUCCAUCAACACUGACAACAUCAUGGACACCUCCCUAACUGUCAGGGCCAAGUACAAGGAUAACCAUGUCUGCUAUGGGUUCCGAUGGUUGACAGAGGAGCAUGUGGAGGCUCAGCACACAGCCAGUGCUGUUUUCUCACCAAGCCAAAGCUUGGUGCACCUGGUAUCCACGCCUGGCAAACUGCGCUGUGAUCAAUGGCUGCACAUCCAGGUGCUUUAUAUUCUAAACGGGAAGGCUGUGCAGGAACUGAAGAAGAUAGUCUUCUAUUAUCUGCUCAUGGCAAGGGGAGGCAUCGUUCGCUCAGGGACGCACGAGCUGCCUGUGGAGCCCGGAGACAUGAAAGGCCACUUCUCCAUAUUUAUCCCGGUGGAGACAGACCUGGCUCCUCUGGCUCGACUGCUCCUUUUUACCAUUCUGCCUGGUGGAGAAGUAGUCGCAGAUACUGUCAAAUAUGAGAUUGGAAACUGUCUGAACAACAAGGUGACUUUGACCUUCCACCCGAAUAGCAGUCUUCCCGGCACCCAUACCCUCCUUAGCGUCAUGGCUUCUCCUAAUUCCCUCUGUGCCCUGCGAGCUGUGGACCAUAGCCUGCUGCUCCUAAAGCCUGAGGCUGAGCUCUCUCCAUCCUUGGUUUACAAUCUGCUACCUGUGAAGGACCUUACUGGCUUCCCCCAGGGUGCUGACCAGCGGGAAGAAGACUCUAGAGAUUGUAUCAAGCAAUACGACAUCUACAUCAAUGGGAUACUCUACUCCCUGGUGGAGAACACCAAUGAAGAGGAUGUGUACGGCCUCCUGGAGGAAAUGGGCUUAAAGGUUUUCACCAACUCAAAGAUCCAUAAACCCAAAGUCUGUGAACGGCUCGGACACACUCAAAGAGGACCAGCUGCAUACCAUCUCGUAGGCCAAAACCUCAUGAAUGAUUUUCUAGUGGCUCCAGAGUCUCCCAAGGAGACUAUACGGACCUACUUCCCUGAGUCGUGGAUCUGGGACUUGGUGGAAGCUCCCAGCAGUGUGCUGUGUGACGGUCCCUUCUCUACAGUGGCCUGGGAAGGAGAGCAAUUCCCAGAGAACAAGGACAGUACCGAGGUGUCUGAACAGAUAUCGCUGAAGCUGCCACCAGGUGUGGUAGAGGACUCCCCUAGAGCCUCUGUCACAGUUUUGGGAGAUAUAUUGGGUUCUGCCAUGCAAAGCAUACAGAAUCUCCUCAAGAUGCCCUAUGGCUGUGGAGAACAGAAUAUGGUUCUGUUUGCUCCUAAUAUCUAUGUCCUGGAUUAUCUGAAUGAAACGCAGCAACUGACAGAGGAGAUCAAGACCAAGGCCAUUGACUAUCUCAAUAUGGGUUACCAAAGACAAUUAAACUACAAGCACCAGGAUGGCUCCUACAGCACUUUUGGGGAAAAAGCUGGCAGGAAUCAUGGGAAUACCUGGCUCACAGCCUUUGUACUGAAGAGUUUUGCUCAAGCUCAAAAAUACAUCUUCAUCCAUGAAGCACACAUCACCCAAGCCCUCAUCUGGCUCUCCCAGCAGCAGCAGGACAACGGCUGUUUCAGGAGCUCCGGGUACCUGUUCAACAAUGCCAUGAAGGGAGGAGUCGAAAAUGAAGUCAUCUUGUCUGCCUAUAUCACCAUGGCUCUCCUGGAGAUGUCUCUCCCCUUUUCGCACCCUGUUGUUCGUAAUGCCCUCUUUUGCCUGGACACAGCCUGGAAGUCAACAAGGAAAGAAGCCCAUGGCGGCCAUGUUUACACUAAGGCACUAUUGGCCUAUGCUUUUGCCCUUGCUGGUGACGAAGACACGAAAAAAGAGAUACUGAAAUCACUUGACGAGGAAGCUGUGAAAAGAGACAAUUCCAUCCACUGGGCCAGACCUCAGAAACAUGUAGUACCAGUGGGCCUUUGGUACCAACCACGGGCCCCCUCUGCCGAGGUAGAGAUGACUGCUUACGUGCUCCUCGCUUAUCUUACUGGCACGUCAGCUCCAACCCAAGAGGACCUGACCACUGCGAUGCUCAUUGUGAAGUGGCUCACAAAGCAGCAGAAUUCCCAUGGCGGCUUCUCCUCCACUCAGGACACAGUCGCAGCUCUCCAUGCUUUGUCUAAAUAUGGAGCAGCUACUUUCACAAGAUCUAGGAAAACUGCACAGGUGACCGUCUACUCUUCAGAUGUGUUUUCUACAAGAUUCCAAGUGGACAAUAGCAACCAGUUAUUGCUGCAGAGGGCCACAUUGCCGAUUGUGCCCGGGGAUUACACUGCACAGGUGAUAGGAGAAGGAUGUGUCUACCUCCAGACCUCUGUGAACUUCAAUGUUCUCCCGAGACAGAAGGAGUUCUCAUUUGCCCUAGUGCUGCAGACCCUUCCCCAGACUUGUGAGGAUCAAAAAGCUCACACCAGCUUCGAGAUCUCACUUAAUAUCCGUUACACUGGCAGCCGUUCCAACUCCAACAUGGCAAUUGCUGAUGUGAAGAUGGUGUCUGGCUUCGUUCCCUUGACACCGACAGUGAAGAUGCUUGAACAGUCUGUGCAUGUGAGCCGGACAGAAGUCAGCAAUAACCGUGUCUUGAUUUACUUGGAUAAGGUGUCAAAUCAGAUGCUGGCCUUGUCCUUCACAGUUCAGCAAGAUAUUCCAAUAAAAGACCUGAGGCCAGCCAUAGUGAAAGUCUAUGAUUACUAUGAGAAAGAUGAGUUUGCAGUCGCUGAGUACAGUGCUCCCUGCAGCACAGGUACGUAGCUCACGUUCCUUUAAAGGAUAACCACAGUUCCUCUGGCUUGCCUCCCAAAUUUCUUCCUCCAUAACGUUCUAGGUAAAUAUUCCUCUUAGUAGUCAUUUUGCUUAUAUUGCAUCUUACUAUAAAAAAAAAAAUGUGUGCGUGGGAGAAGUGCGAUGCCUCUCCGACCCUCAGCUUGUUUGCUGCACUGCAUGUUGGGUAAUCACCUGUAGUGGGUCUCCUUUCCUCCUGUACUCGUUGGACACCAUGCUGUUCAGACCUAGAGGCAAGGAUAUCAUUUGUUCCUGGAAACCCACGCCUGUCUUCAUUUCCUUUUCUUUCUGCUACCGCAGGUUAUGGAAAUGCCUGAGGACAUUGUGAAUAAAAAAUGUUUUACUAGAGCUCUGUUCUUACAACUUCAUAAGAGAAACAAUGUUUUUGUACU